AUAGAUUUCACUAAAACCAUACAAAAUACGUUAUUGACCCUUUCAUUUCAUCAAAUAUACAUAAACAUUUUGUGUGUACUAUUAAUAAAUAGUGUAAGAAAGUACAGUGAGUACAAUAGUGAACUGACCAAACGGUCAGAAGACGAUAAAGGGAGAACUCCUAUAAUAUCCGUUACAUAGCUGUUGUAGUUCGUGUUACUUGUGUACAAAAAGACCAUUGCAAUUGAUAUAAUGGCAAAUAGAGCAAUUCUUAGUGGCAUCAUAACAGGAUGUCUCCUUAUGGCACUGACUGCACUUUCCCAAUUGUCCAUGUUUGAAAUUCUCAACCAUAGAGAUGACAAUUUGACAAUGCAGAUGAAAAGUUGGUUGUUAGUGAUAUUAAUAAUUGGAAAUAUUAUAGGGCCUGUUAUUUUUUCCUUGUUGGCAGAAAUAGUAGGAAGAAAACAUGCUCUGACUGCAUUGUGUAUAUCAUUUUUGUUAUCAUUUUUUAUGUGUGAGAUAAGGAUACACUCUGCAGUCUUAUUUAUUUCUAAAUUUAUCGCUGGUUUAUCGAGUGGUGGAGCUUAUGUUGUUGUACCUAUAUACAUUGGAGAAGUAGCAGAAAAGAGAUCACGAGGCACACUAAUCGCACUUAUUAUGUAUCCAUCCAUUGCAACAGCUGAUUUCUUUGUUAUUGGCCUUUUAGAACGAUUAGGUGGACAUGACUUAUCAUCUAUACUAAAUUAUAUCUCGGCAUCGUUAGCAAUUAUGGCGACAAUUUUAUCAGUCACCCUAGUAGAAGAAAGUCCAUUUUAUUAUUUAAAGAGAGGACGUGAGCUUGCUGCCAAAUCAAGUUUAGUAAAAUUAAGAAGUAAUGACUCAAAUCAUCAAAUGGAGUUUAAUGAAAUUCAAAAUCAAGUUCAUCCUAAUAUGUCACAUACUGACGUAGGAGUCAAAUUUCGUAUUUUUGUAAAAUAUAGUUGGCUUAAACCCUUAUUAUUGAUGACUGGAAUCCUUUGUUUAACACCAUUGUCUGGGAUAAGUUCCUUUAGUUUUUUUAUGUCGUAUGUUUCUCAAUCUGGUGAAUGGGACGAGAGUCUAAUACAGAUUUUGUACAGUGCUGUCAAUUUACUAGGAUCCUUUGUGUUACCGUUUAUUAUUGAUAAAUUUGGAAGGAAAUUACCAUUUUUGAUUUCUGUUAUAUUCAUGUCUAUUACAUUUAUAUUUAUGUAUAUUCUUGUACUCUUAGAAAGUUAUAGUAUCCACAUAUCUCCAUACUUUUUACUUGUAUCAUCGUUAAUAUCAUAUUUAGCCGUAGGUAUUGGAGUUGGUCCAAUACCAUUCGUUUUAUUGGGAGAGCUUUUUCCAUUAAGAAACAAAAUGAUAUGUGCAGGCAUGUCUACGGCUCUUUAUUUCACUUUGGCAUUAUUAUUACCACAAGUAAUGUUAUGGAUCAAUUAUUCAAGGCUUGGGCUAUACAUUAAUAUUAUGGUUUCAAUAGUUGUUGCUAUUCCAUUAGUUAUUUUAGUAAAAUAUUUUUAUCCUGAAACCAAAGGCAAAAGUUUGAAUGAAAUUCAAGUAGAGAUUAAUAAGAAUUGAACUCAAAAUAAUAACUUCCCAAGUUUAACAGAGUAAAACUUUCUCCACAUUUUAUAAUUAACCAAGUAAUAAAUAAUAUAUAAAUAUAAAAAUGUCGACAUGGAGUUAAACACGUAACAUUGUAAUCGUUGUAUCUUGAGAAAUAAAAUAUUUUAUUAUU